UUCCUGAUUUCAGUGAUGGCGGCUGCUGAUCUGAGAGACGAGCUGAGCUGCUCCAUCUGCCUGAGCAUUUAUACUGAUCCUGUAUCCCUGCCGUGUGGCCAUAACUUCUGCCGGGUCUGUAUUGGGACAACAUGGGACACCCAGGAGGGAUCUGGGGCUUAUUCCUGCCCUGAAUGUAGAGCAGAGUAUCAGGAGCGCCCUGCCCUGCUCAGGAACAGAACUCUGGGUAACAUAGCAGAGAGAUUCCUUCCAACUGAGACAGAGCCGGGGGAGACUGGGAUCUUCUGCACCUACUGUGUCCUCUCUCCUGUACCUGCUGCUAAAUCCUGUCUCCUGUGUGAGGCUUCUCUGUGUGAUAUCCACCUGAGGGGGCACAGCAAGUCAGCAGAACAUGUACUGACCCAACCCACCGACUCCUUUAUGGGGAGAAAAUGUUCUGUACAUCACAAGGUUCUGGAGUAUUUCUGCUGUGAGGAGUCUGUCUGUGUCUGUGUGUCCUGCUGUCUGGCCGGAGAGCACAGGGGCCACAGGGUGGAGCUGCUGAGUGAGGCCUCUGAGAAGAAGAAAGAGAAACUGAGGAAAGUUCUGGAGAAACUGAGGCCAGAGAGAGAGGAGACUGAGAGAGGAGCCCAGAGACUGCAGGAGCGCAGGAGAGAAGUGGCAGAAAAAGCAGCCGGUGAGACAGAGAGAGUCACUGCCCUGUUUAGAGACAUCAGGGAACAGCUGGAAGCCCUAGAGAAGCGACUCCUGAGUGACAUCUCCAGCCAGAAAGAGAAGUUCUCACUCACACUCACUGAUCUAAUGGAUCAGCUGGAAAUAAAGAAGGACGAGCUGUCCAGGAAGAUCCGUCACAUUGAGGAGCUGUGCAACAUGGCAGAUCCACUCACUGUCCUACAGGAACGGGAAUCACAUGGAGCUGCAGAUAAUGAGGGGGGCAGAGAGAGACAUGAUAUAAAGGUCCCUGCUGUAGGGGAUCUGGAUGUGGAUCUGAUCUCAGAGACAUUACUCACAGGCUUAGCUGCAAUUGUGACUGGGGUAAAGGGAAGGUGGAUCUAUGGGCAGGAGGCUACAGACCUGUUACUGGAUAUAAACACGGCUGGGAAUGAUGUAUCUGUAUCAGGGGACAGGAAAUCUGCUUCCUACUCACUCACAGACCAGUGUCACCCACAAACCCCAGAGAGAUUUCAGGAUUCUCAGACUUUAAGCAGCAGGAGUUUCCCCUCAGGGCGACAUUACUGGGAAGUGGAGGUCAGUGAAUCAGAGAACUGGGGGGUAGGGGUGGCCUAUCCCAGUAUAGAGAGGGGAGGGGGUCAGUCCUGGAUUGGGGAUAAUAACAAGUCCUGGUGUUUGUGCAGAUGGAAUAAUAACUAUACAGUGACACAUGACAGUAAAUACACAGCGUUACCCCACGUUCCUUCCUGCAGGAGAAUCAGGAUCUCAUUGGACUAUGAGGCCGGACGUCUGUCCUUUUAUGAGCUGAGUGAGCCAAUCAGACACUUACACACCUUCACUGCCACAUUCACUGAGCCUCUUCAUGCUGCAUUCAGGGUAGGGUGGAGUGAUGAUGAUGAUGAUGAUGGCAGCUGGGUAAGAAUCAUUAGUUAGGGAACUGCCCAGCAGGAAACCCAUUGCCAGAGUUGCCCUUAGCCAAGUGAUGGCAGGGAAGGAAAGGAGACACAUAGAUGUUGGCCAGUCUGCCCUAACAAACACAGGAUAACUAUUUCACUUAGUAGAUCAGCUAAAUUCAAUAUCUGUCUCACCAGCAGUGUCAGACUGGGCUGGUGUGACACCGGGAAAAAUCCUCAGGGGCCCCGCCGGCCCAGACCUGCUCCCCCUUAUCGGGCUCCCUAUUAAACAACCACUUGUGCCGCUGUGUCUCUGCGCAGAAAUGCAAAGGGAAGCCGGGAGGGGACCCCCAGUGACUGCCUGGAGGGGCCUUCAUAUUGCAGUCCUGUGGGCCCCCAUUGCUCCAGUCCGACCCUGCUCACCAGAAUGACAUUUAUUGCUAUUUUUGUAUCCUUAGAGUUUUUCUCAGGACAUAACUUUUAAAGUGCCCCCUCUUCCCAAUAACAUUUCCUAUUCGCUGUCGUCAGUUCUCUCCCCUGUAUCUCUCUUUCCCAGCCCUCCUCUAUCAACCUCUAUCAAUGUCCCACCUUCUGUUCAUAGUGGGAAUGUGUUGCACUAGUGUGUAAAGUGUGGGCUCAUGGAUGUGUAUAACUGUCUAUAGAAAUGGAGAGAUCUAUAGCAAACGUGAUAUGUUGUGUGUCCCUACAUUAUAUCACAGUGAUAUAGACUGAGCAACUUGCAGCCAUAUAAAUCACUUUACUUAUCUAAGGAGAAACAUACAGUUUGUCAGUUACAUAAUGAGCCGCCGGUCCUGAGAAAUAAUGGAACAAUGACAUUGGCAUUAAGCUUUUCCUUUUCAUUGGUCAGAUCUGGUAAGAUCUCAGCCAGGAGCCAAUGGCACAUGUUGGACAAGGAAUUAGAGGGAACCUGUCCCGAGGGAAAGUUCUCAGCCUUUAUGGCCUUCCUAUAUAUUUAUCUUUCUUUCCUAAUAAUAACUAUGGCUUUAAAGGAGAUGGAAAGCUUCAGGUUUCUUCUAUCUUCAAAUUUCCCAGGGCAGACGCUCAAUAGAGCAAAAAGCCGAACUUUAAGGGGGUUCUGAACCCUGCUUCACUGCACUGCUCAACCAAACUUUACUAAGUUAUGGCUGGACUACAAAUCCCACAAUACUAUACUAUAUAAUGAAGGUUGAGGCAUGCUGGGAGCUGUAGUCCAGCACCAUCAGGGUUGUAUUCUUAAAGCAACAUUGCACAAUUCAAUUUUUCCAAAACUUUUCCCCAAAUCACCAUGGACGGCGGCUGCAUUAAUAUGCAAAAAAUUCUCCAAUGAGAAUCCCAGCUGAUCUGUAUAAACCUGACUCCCUGUUCUUUGUUCCUGUUAUUGGAGUUAGAAGCUUUAAGCACUAUUUCCCAGCACUGAACAAGUCUGUUCUUUAUCCGUGUAAUAUAAUGAUGAAAUAAAAUGACACAAUUAUCUCUAUAUGUAAGAUAACAGCAAGAUGUCUGACAUGGUGUUAGGAAUCAGCAUUCUUAUUGGUCAGUUUUUUUGCAUUCAUAAUGAAGCUUUUGAUCAGUAGAAUUCUUAUUGGUGGAUUUUCUUGCAUCUAUAAUUAUGAUUUUCAGUAACUUCUAUAGAAAACUAUGGGGUGCUGGGGGUCGGUAUUACAGUUGGGUUUACAACCCCUUUAAUUAAAAAGUUGUCUAUUCAGGUAAGUACAUGCAAUCAUUUGGGGGUGGCUAACUUUUGGCACCCCAAGUUAGAAGACCUUUCCUUCUCCUUUAAGCAUCAUUUUUACAGGCCAGACAGAGAAAUAGCCACCAGUUUGUAACCAUAUCCCAAACAUUUUUAGAUCAGCACUUCCCCUGUCUCAGGCAGGAUCCAAUGGUCCAUAUUAGAGCUGGGGAGGCAGGAGAAGAAGUUACUCACAGGAUUCUCCAGAGCCGUCAGACAGUAACACACGGAUGUCAAUUAUCUUUAAUUAAACUUUGUAUUACCGCACACCUCCUUCCACUUUUUCUGCGUAGUGGUGCUGGUCCACCGUUGACCUUGCCAGGUCACCUUAAUGCUUUGUAUUUUCGAA